AUGGCAGUGUUCACUAGUUCCACCGGAAAACUCGGUAAGGGUGUAGGGGAGCACGACGAAGACGCAUCGAAGCCCCAGGAUCGUCCUCCGUCUCAGGCCAACAUGUUGACGAAGUUCUUCCACAAGGUGACAGGUCAACCAGCCUCGUAUGUGAACAAAGCCGACUACAUAUUCGGCAAAACACUCGGAGCUGGCGCUUUCGGUGUGGUCCGCCAGGCCCGUAACUCGAAACAGAACCAAAAUGUUGCGAUAAAGAUCCUUUUAAAGCGUGCAUUGAAGGGCAACGAGCUGCAGAUGCUCUACGAUGAGCUGUCGAUCUUGCAGAAGCUUGACCACCCCAACAUUGUGAAGUUCAAGGACUGGUUUGAGUCGAGGGAGAAGUUCUACAUUGUUACCCAACUGGCUACAGGAGGUGAACUCUUUGAUAGAAUCCUGAAGAAGGGGAAGUUCACCGAGACAGACGCCGUCAAAAUAGUUGUGCAGAUGCUUACUGCAGUGGAGUACAUGCAUUCCCAAAACGUGGUCCAUCGCGACCUGAAGCCGGAAAAUGUUCUGUACUUGGACCCGUCCGACGAGUCGCAGCUAGUCAUCAGUGACUUCGGCAUUGCGAAGCAGCUUUCCUCGGAAAGCCAACUAAUUCACAGGGCCGCUGGCUCGAUGGGUUAUGUUGCGCCUGAGGUGCUGACCACUAGCGGACAUGGAAAGCCGUGCGACAUAUGGUCUUUGGGUGUCAUUACGUACACGCUACUCUGUGGGUAUUCGCCCUUCAUCGCGGAGAGUACCGAGGGCUUCCUGGAGGAGGUGUUCAGUGGCAGUGAUCCAGUGACAUUCCAUUCCCCGUACUGGAACAAUAUCUCCAAGGAGGCCAAGCAGUUCAUACUGCGCGCGCUGACCCUGACGCCGGCGCGGAGACCGACUGCAGCGGAACUGCUGACGGAUAGAUGGAUAGUCUCCAAACAGUCAAACACUGCCGAUCUGCUGCCUACGAUCAGAGAGGGUUUCAAUGCGUCCAAGAAAUUCCGUGACGCCAUGCAGGUUGUGAUUCUGAAUAAUAGAAUCAAGAAGCUGAAACAGAUGUAUGGUCACGACGAGUCCGACACUGACCUGGAGGAGAAUUCGGCCUCAACAGAUCGCCGCAAGGUUGGCCUCGAGGUGUUGCAGAACGCCCUGCGCUCGCUGUCACUCAAGGGCAGUCAAGAGUCACCAGAGCAGAAACAGCUAAAGUCCCAGGUCACACAACAGGCCUUUGUGCAACUUGUCCUUGCCGCAAAGGAGAACAAGGAGCGCAUUCGUGAGUACCAGAGCCAACAGUCCCUGGACUCCGUCGCCGCCCAUCAGAACACUACUGACGCCCCACAAUGA